AUGUCGAUCGGAUUCACCGUUCCCGUCGUCAUGCUGUGCCAUGGUCCUCCAUCCGACACCCACAGCAAUGGCAUGAUCAUCAUCUGCUUUGUGCUGACGGGCAUGCUCAACACCUUUCUUGCCUACUUACUCGCCUUUCCGGUUCAGUGUCUCAUGGUCCGUCACGACAAGCAGUUCUGGGUUGACGGACAUACCGAUGUUGAGAGAGCCGAGGACCAAAAGGGAUUGAAACAGCACAAGUCGACGAAACCGCUCUGCGGGGGUUCUCCCACGGGAAGUUCCCUUAUAUUUGGUCUCGACUCCUCGAGAGAGUCCUCUGGAGUCUACGAACCGACAUCCCCCUCCGACCAACGAACCGAAAUCCCGCCAAACCAGCGUCCGCUGUUCGUCUGGGCCUGUGGAAACCCGAUCCUCCUCCUCUGCUGGCUGCUCACUCUCACCCUCGGUCUUCCCCUCCGCUACUGCGCCCAACACGACGUGCCGCUUGCAACCUUCCUCCACCUCGCCGUCUGGCUCACCACCCUAGCCAUCCAGUCCACCAUCAAAUCCACCCCAAAUCUAGCCCCCUGGCUGCGCACCGUCGUCUCGGGUCUCUCGAACGCAGUCCUCUGGACUGCGCUCGUAAUGAUAGCCUACGUCUUCGCCGACUCGGCCCUCAGCAACCGCCCCCUGCCAGCCAUGCUCGACACCCUGCAAGCCCACACCCCGCUAUCAACCCUCAUCGUCCGCGCCGCCACCACGAACUCAUUCCCCCCAUCCCCAUCCCCAUCCUCACCAAACCUGACAUUACCGCCACCACCACCACCCAGCCCAAAGCCGACGAUUACAAUGGCAGCAGGCGACCUGGCCAUAACAAUUCUCAACUCAGGGCUCGUAGCAUGGGGCCUGAAACUCUACGAGCACCGGUCCCAGCUUUUCUCCCGCGCGGGACUGACCGUGUGCACGGUCUCGGCGCUGCUCGCGCUCGGCAACGUCGUUUGCGGUCCCUUGUUUGCGAGCGCGGCGCUGGGCGUCGCGCCGCCCAGCAGGGCGCUUGCGUUUGCGGCGCGGAGCGUCACCAUCGCGCUGGCGAACCCGGUCAUGGGUAUCUUGAAGGGGGAUGGCGGGUUGAAUGCUGCUAUGGUUGUCGGGAGCGGGAUUGUGUACCAGAUGGGGAUGGGAUUUGGGGUGGGUGCGUGGCUGGAGAGGAGGGAAAGAGCAGCGGAGAGACACAGCGCGGAGAUCGCGGCCGUAACGGCGCGGCAGAGGACGAAUGAUCCGCGGAUUGUCGCCGCGGGCGUCACAGUCGGGGUGAACGCGGCGGCCAUGGGCACAGCGUACUUGUAUGAGGUGCAGAGCGAGGCGGCGCCGCAUGCUGCGCUGUCGAUGAUUGCGUUGGGCAUCAUGACGGUGGUGUUCUCAAGUAUCCCGCCGCUUGCAGCGUGGAUCUUGGGUCGUGUCGCUGGGUGA